AUGAAAAGACAACUCUCGGUCAACUCCCUUUCCCUUUGUUCGAUAAUAUGCAGAGCCCCGACGCGGGGCACAAUUGCCUCCUCCAAUCUCCGCAGUGCUAUUUCUACGCCGAACAUCAGAAAGAUUCACGCCCGCGCAACCGAAUACCUACCAUCCAAUCUCCCUGAAUGGACGGAGUCACAGCGGUCGGUCCGCGAAGCAGUCUCCGCAAUAUGUAGCCAAUACACCGAUGAGUAUUGGUCGGAGAGGGACAUGGAGCACAAAUUUCCGUGGGAGCUCUACAAGGAUCUGGCUUCGAAUGGAUGGUUAGGGAUCUGUCUUCCAGAGAAAUAUGGCGGCUCUGAACUCGGUAUAUCGGAGGCAGCCGUGAUGCUCCAGACUGUAUCUGAGUCUGGUGCAGGAAUGAAUGGCGCUUCCUCGGUCCAUAUGAACAUCUUUGGUCUGGAACCUGUUGCCAAGUUUGGGACUGAUAAGCAGAAGGAGCAAUGGCUUGUGCCUUUGAUACAGGGCAAAGAACGUGCCUGUUUUGCAGUUACAGAGCCCAACACCGGCCUAGAUACCCUGCGGUUACAAUCAUCAGCACGCAAGCAAGGGGAUCAUUAUAUUCUCAGUGGCUCUAAGGUUUUUAUCUCGACUGCCCAGGUGGCGGAAAAGGCCCUGAUCCUUGUCAGAACUACACCCCUCAAGGAUGUCAAGAAACCUAGCGAGGGGCUCUCCUUAUUCUAUACCGAUCUUGAUCGAUCUGCCGUGCAAAUCCACGAGAUUCCUAAGAUGGGACGCUCCGCAGUGGACACGAAUAGCCUGUCCUUUGAAGACUGGAAGGUGCCUGCAGGCGAUUUAAUUGGACAGGAAGGCGACGGAUUCCGUAUGAUACUGCACGGUAUGAAUGCUGAGCGUAUUCUUGUCGGGGCAGAGGCCUUAGGGUUAGGAUAUGCAGCAUUGCGCCGGGCGUGCAAUUAUACUAGCGAGCGGGUUGUCUUUGGAAACCCCGUUGGCAAGUAUCAAGGAAUUCAACACCCCCUUGCCGAAUGCUGGAUGAACCUCGAGAGCGCCCGGCUAAUGAUCUACCUGGCGGCGCGGCUCUAUGAUGAAGGGUAUGAGGAUGGGGAAUAUGCCAAUGCUGGGAAGUACCUGGCCUCAGAAGCCGCCUUCAAGGCCGCAGAGCGAGCAAUCAUGUCUCACGGAGGUAUGGGAUACGCAAAGGAGUAUCACGUGGAGCGGUAUUUCAGAGAGGCGGUCUUGUCAAGAAUAGCUCCGGUAAGCGGGGAAAUGAUCAAGAACUACAUAGGUCAGCGUGUUCUGGGCUUGCCUAAAAGUUACUAG